UUUGUUUGACUGGCUGUCUCCUCUCGUGUACCACUUUUGGGUUAGUACAUGCUCAAAGGGUGUACAACCCAUUGCACAACCUUCAUCCCUAGUAUCAGGAACCAUACACAAGCCAAUUGGUUGAAUACUGUACUGCUUUGACAAUAACCUCUUUAUGCCAAAACAAAUUGUUUGCUGUUUAAGUCUGGGAUUUAUAGUAGUUUUGAAGAUUCAAAGGCUACAACUGAAGUUAUUUUCUCUUUGUUACCCACAUAAUUUACAGAUUUCCAACUAGUAGCUUGUGUCUGUGUCUGAGAAUUGCUCAAAGUUCUUAGUGGUUACCAGUUAUGUUCUUUUCUUUCAAAUUGUACUGUCCAUGAAUUCUUGUUUCUAGUGGUUAGAGGUGCCUUUUGACUCUCAGAUGAGUCGUACUCAAAACCGUGUUCUUGUCAGGGCUCGUCUCAGCCCUCUUCAUGUAGUAUUGUUUGGUGCAACAACUGGUGUAUUAGGCCUGUCUGUGCUGUUUACUCAAGUGAAUGGAUUAACUGCAGCUCUUGGUGCUGCCACUCUCCUUCUUUAUACUUCUGUCUACACUCCUAUGAAACGUCUAAGUAUAUUGAACACAUGGGUGGGGUCAGUAGUUGGAGCACUGCCCCCCUUGAUGGGCUGGGCUGCCUGUACUGGUGGAUUGGAUGCUGGUGGACUGGUACUGGCAGGGAUUUUGUACUCUUGGCAAUUUCCACAUUUUAAUGCACUCAGUUGGAACCUCAGGGCUGAUUAUUCAAGAGCUGGUUAUCGAAUGAUGUGUGUCACAAAUGCACCACUCUGUCGACGGGUAACACUCAGGCACUGUUUGGCACUGGUUGGUCUAACAACACUCUUGCCAGUAUGCGAUGUUACAACAUGGUGGCUAGCUUUGACCUCUUUGCCACUUAAUGUAUGGCACACUUACUUGGGUUAUCAAUUUUAUAAGGACUCAGACUCAAGAUCCGCGCGGAAACUGUUUCGUUUUAGCCUGCUCUAUCUACCGAUUCUCAUGCUCAUGAUAAUGUUUCAUAAGAAACCAAGAACAGAACAAGAGGAGACUGUGGUUCAAGUGACAUGAGCCACAGUUGCUCUUAGCAAACCUAUUUCAUGAAGUUUCAAGCGGUGAAUUUGGUGAAUGAUAGUCUGGAUAUUUGGCCAUGGUUCUCGAUUGGUUGGUUAACUUGGUAAUAUGGAAAGCAAUAACUUGUGUUCUGCCCAGAAGCAUUGCAGUGUGAACACCAGUUAACAUUGACGCCAUGAACAUCAUGUGUGAGAAACUUUAGGUCUUGCAUGUGUUGUUAGACUUCAAGAACACUGCUUACUUGAUAUCAGAGAGAGCGGUUUUCAGUUGAAUGUCAUAAAACCGAAACCAAACCAAUUAAUUACCAAUAGCCCAAUUUUGAUAUAUUAAAAUUCUGCCUAGAAUGAUAGACCUUGGUAUGAGGCUGCAGGGAAUAAACCCCACAAACUCUGUAUUUAUUCCCUGGAGCCUUGUGCUGAGGUCUAUUGUUUUAGGCUGAAUUUUAAUGUAUCAAAAUUCAUCUGUUAGACUACCCACCUAAAUCUAAAACCAAAGUAAUAACGAAACCGGUGAAAGUAAUUGCCUGAUUACUAUUGACACUCAAUUUAAAACUGCUCUAAUGCCCAAAGAACCUAAAUAACAUCUUCAUAUUGUAACCUUCGAGUUUGCAAAUUUAAACAACGCUCAUAAUUUACAUUGCUGUUGUAAUUGAUUAUUCAUACACUACAGUAACUGUAUUUUAUUGCAUAGAAAAAAAAUGGGAAGAUUGGCAUUUUGAAAGGCAGAAUUUUACAUGUUAAAUACUGGUUAUUAAUAUAUUGCCAUCUUCUUACAUUGUAAUAAAUUUUAAGAUGUAAAGUUGAACAUCUGGAAACUCUUGAGAGUUUAUUUAUGGAGUGAUUGUUUGAAUUCCACACAAUGAAGAUUGAAAAUGUUACAAAAUGUUAAAAAUUCAUUAUUUUAUUUCACAUAUUUGUGGACAUUACUCAGUCUGUGAAUGUACAUAUUUACAAAACAGAUAGUCAUAUUAACUCUGUUUAACCUUAAUAUUGAUUUUAGGAAAUGCUUUUAUACAUGGACAUUAGAGCGAUCUGUUUAUAAUUCACUGUAUUUUUUCAUCAAUGUCGUCAUCAUCAUCAUCAUCAUCAUAUAGUAAUACUUCUUUCUAGUGCCACAGGGAGUAUACAAAAGAUUUCUUUAAGUAUGAUGAAAGCAAACAAAGGAAUCAAAAAUAUAGUUUACCUAUUCCUUCCUUUACAUACUUUCAUCCAACUUACCUCUUUUGUGUCCUCCCUGUGGUUGUACUAUAAAAUUUGUGUGAACACAUGUAUAGAGAAUUUGCAACUUGACAUCAGGGCUAUUUAGUGUCUAUAUGGCAUACAGGCGAAACAAUACUGCGGAUUUGCUCAGAAAGGCAUUUGUUCCUCAAUACGGUACGGGUACUUUUAAUUAAGCCUGUUCAUACAUCUGUACAUCUUUUCAAUAUCCCAUGUCUCUAUGGUUACCAGAACUCUUAAGUUGAUAUUGCCCCAAAGUGCAAGAAUGGGAACAGCAAAGCUAGUCUUUGUAGUAACAGUUCCUGUACCUGUUCCUGAGUUUUCUGCAUUGUGGCGGCACAAACAUUGGGGUAAGCGCUGUUUCCUUCCUACAGUAGGAUGGUCUUGGGGCAGGCUUCCAUAGAAGAUUUUGAAAAAUGAAACUGUUUGAAAAUACACAAGAAAUACUCACUUGCAAUAUUACUAUUGUUUCAUUUGUUGGCAUGAAUCUCACACUUGGCACCUGAGGUUUGAAACCUCCACUUUGGAGUAAGUCCUUCAUUUUGAAUUCUUCUGGGCCGGGUUGUUCAAAAGCCGGUUAACGUUAACCCAGGAUUAAAAGUUAAC